AUGUCGAUUAAUAACUUGAUUAAAAUGAAUCAUACUGCAUUAUUAAUUGAUAAGCUUAAGGUUAAACCUACAAGCCUUAUAGAAUGGAAACAAAGACAUUACAUAACAAACUAUCUUAAUAAUAAUAAGAAAGUGAAGAUAUAUAUAACUUCUGGAAGUUGGUAUGUCAAUGAAGACUUCCUAAGACUUAAAUAUAAGUCUGAUGGAACCUUAGCCGAUUGCGAUAUGCCAUGUAUCUGGAAACAAGGAAAUCCAGGUAGCUUAUCUCCUACAGAACUUCAAACGGUUGAUGCUCUCUUUAAUGUUAACACCCAACCAAGCGAGAAAGAAUGGAAAGGAAAAAAAAACAUAAAACUUACUUUAGAGCCUAAGACAUAUUAUCCAAAUUUCCAUAUUAAUUAUGAAUUAUUUGACAUUUAUUCGUCGUUUGAUGAAGAUUCAGAUUUACCUACAAGUUACGUUCGAGUUGAUCCUGAAAUAUGGCGAACAAUUCAACCUUUUAACUUAACAAAGCUUUCCCCAAAUUCAACACUCAUCUCAUUUAUUGCUACUCAUAUGACUGAAUACAGAAAGACUUUUAUUCCAUCUCUUCAGGCUCAUAUGUCUGUCGCAUCUUUUGGUAAAGUUCAUUAUAAUACCCCCUGGAAUCUUUAUCCUGAAUGUUUGAAUUUAGAAAGAUUUGAAGCUAAAAAUUGUGCAAUCUCUAAAUAUCCGUUUUAUUUGUCAAUUGAAAAUUGUCAAGAAAAAGACUAUUCUACUGAAAAACUUUGGGAUACGUUUAAAUUAGGUGAUGUACCUGUUGUAUGGGGUGCACCUAAUGUUCGUUCAUAUUUACCACAUCCUAAAUCAGCUAUUUUGAUUGAAGAUUUUCCAGACAUCGAAGCUCUUGCAAAUUACUUGAAAUAUUUGGCUAAAAAUGAAACAGCGUAUUUAGAAUAUCAUAUGUGGAAAACUAUAAAAUUUUCAGAUGAAUUCGAAAAAAAGUCAUAUUUGAGUCUGCGUACUAUGGAAUGUAAUAUUUGCAAAGAAGUUGCUCGACUAAGGAUUUUAGAUGAAUGGAAUUAA